UGGACCUCUCAGUAUAAAAGGUGGCGGGGAUAGGAUCACAAAACACAAACCAAUAACUAAAUAGUUCAUCACUCAAAGAAACAUGAUGAUUGCAUGCAAAUUGCAAGGGGCAAUUGUUAGCAGCAACUCUAGGACUAGUCGACAAUUCAUGGAUAAGAAAGAAAUGUCCAAAAAAGAGGUCCAAUCCUUGGUGGUUCAAGCAGUGGUGACCCAUGAUACCCUUAAGACUACUAGGGUCCCUGAAUUGAACACUACCUACGUACCCAGAAAGCCCUCGAUAGAGAAGGCCACAGAAAUUGAUGAAGAGAUGAAUGGCCUCACUAGUUCUGGAAAUUUUGGUAGGUUUGGAGGCAAGUUUGUACCCGAGACACUUGUUGCAUGUUUGAACCAGCUUGAAGCUGAGUUCAAAAAGACUCUCCAAGAUCAAGUUUUUCAGGCAGAGCUGACAGAGGAAUUGAGAGAGUAUAGCGGCAGAGAGACACCACUGUAUCACGCAAAGCGGUUAUCUGAGCAUUACAAGAACCUGAACAAUGGGAAAGGGCCUGAGAUAUAUUUAAAGAGAGAAGAUCUCAACCACACCGGCACACACAAGAUGAACAACGCUCUUGCACAGGCCAUGAUCGCUAAGCGAAUGGGCCGCACAACCGUCAUCACCGCCACCGGCUCCGGACAACAUGGCCUUGCAACUACCGCAGCUUGUGCUAAGCUUGGUCUUCGCUGCAUCGUCUUCAUGGCCGCCAAGGACAUAGAGAGACAAUUUACAAAUGUACGCUUAAUCAAGCUCUUGGGAGCUCAGGUUGAAGCGGUUAAUGGAGGCUUCAAAGAUGCAGCAUCAGAGUCCUUUCGCUGUUGGGUGGGAGACUUGGAGAACAGCUACCACUUGACAGGUUCAGCGGUUGGACCACACCCGUGUCCCACCAUGGUACGUGAAUUUCAGUCAGUGAUUGGGAAAGAAACGAGGAAACAAGCAUGGAAAAAAUGGGGAGGGAAACCAGAUAUUCUUGUGGCUUGUGUAGGGACAGGGUCCAAUGCUGUGGGCCUGUUCCAUGAGUUUGUGGGAGACAAGGAUGUGAGGCUCAUUGGAGUUGAAGCAGGUGGGCUUGGGUUAGAGACUGGAAAACAUUCUUCAACAUUGGCCACAGGGGAAGUGGGUGUUUACCAUGGUGCUAAGAGCUAUUUGAUGCAGGAUCAGGAUGGUCUUCAAAUUAUUCAACCUCACUCCAUUGCACCUGGGAUGGAGUACCCAGGAGUUAGUCCAGAGUUGAGCUUCCUUAAAGAAAGCGGACGUGCGGAGUUCUACAUUGCAACCGAUCAAGAAGCACUUCAUGCGUAUGAAAGAUUAUGCAAAUUGGAGGGUAUAAUUCCAUCCCUGGAGGCGUCACAUGCAUUGGGUAUAUUGGAGAAGUUGGUCCCUACAUUAUGCAAUGGAACUAAGGUGGUUGUGAAUUGCAGUGGCCGUGGAGAUAAAGAUGCACCUAUUGUCUUCAACUUCAAUCACGCGCAGAGUAUUUGAAUUUGAUGGAUUGAGAAUGACACGGAUAUAUAUUAAUAUAUAGCAGUGAAUCUAUGACAAACUUGUCAAAAAUGGAACCUAAGUCUAUCUAUAGCAAAUGUUUAUCCUUAUAUAUAUAAAGUGAUCAUUAUUAAUUUAUAA